AUUAUUAUUGCUAUUGUGAGUAAUGUUUCUGUGAUUUAUAUAUUGAAAAAACUUUUUAUGACCAAAUUGAACAAAAAUGGUUAAUUUAAGAAAUAAUCCUACUGUAUCAAUAUUGUUGACUGCAAGUCGUCAAUUUUAUAUUCAACAAUGUAAAUACCAUGCAUCGAGCAACAAAGGCAGUUAUUUACAUCAUGUGGGAAAGAAUCCAAUGUUAUACAAGACGAUUGGUGAUUUAGUGGAUGAGGCAGCGAAACGUUAUCCAGAUCGAAACGCAUACGUACUUUGUGAAGAAAAUAAAAGAAUCACAUUUAAAGAAUUAAAAGAACAAACUGAUAAUUUAGCUGCUGGAUUAUUAACCCUUGGUUUUAAAAAAGAAGACAAGGUAGCAUUAUGGGGUCCAAACACAUUAGAUUGGUUAAUUUCAUUUUUUGCUACUGCCAAAAUUGGUGUAAUUUCGGUUUUAAUGAAUCCUGUUUAUCAAAUACCAGAAUUAAAAUACAGUUUAAAGAAAGCGCAUGUUUCCGGAAUCAUUACACCCAAAUCAUUUCGAGCACAUAAUUAUUUUGAAAUGAUUAAUGAACUAUUUCCUAAUCUGAAAAAUUCUAGUAAAGAAGAUUUAGAAAGUUUUACUUCACAAAGCUUACCACGAGUUAUUUUGUCAUCUGAAAAUAAAUUACAUGGAGCAUUUCAAUUUAAAAAUAUUCUGGAAGUGGGGAAUACUUGUAAACUUGAAAUUCUAAAUACUGCAAGAGACAAAGUAUCGCCAGACGACGGAUUUUGUAUUCAGUUUAGCUCAGGAACAACAGGAAAACCAAAAGCAGCUUUAUUAUCACAUAAUAAUUAUGUUAACAAUUCAUACCCAGUGACAGAACGAUUAGAGUUAUACGACGAACACCACAAAAUUUGUUUGCAAUCACCAUUUUUCCAUGUACUAGCAACGGACGUUAUUAUAUGUCCGGCGUUAUUCUCAGGAUCAACAGUUGUUGUACCAAGUAAAAGUUACAAUCCAUUGAAAACCUUAAAAACAAUUGAAACAGAAAAAUGUACCUACCUUAAUGGAACACCGACAAUGUUUGUAGAUGUCAUAAAACUACAAAAAGAACAUAAUUUUGAUCUUUCGAGUUUGAAAUAUACAAUUACCGGUGGUGCACCAUGUCCACCAGUAUUAUUCCAGGAUAAGUUAAAAACUUUACAAGUUAAGAAAGUUAAGUCCAUUUAUGGAAUGACAGAAACAACUGCUGUGGUAUUUCAAUCACUUCCGAAUGAAAGUAAAAUGUGCGCGACAGAGACUGUCGGACACUUAGCAGAUCAUGUUGAGGCAAAGGUUGUAGAUGAAAAUGGUAAAUUAGUUCCUUUUGGAAAACCGGGUGAGUUACACAUUCGAGGAAAUUGUGCCAUGUUGGAGUAUUAUGACGACGAAGAGAAAACAAAAGAAACCAAAGGACGUGAUGGUUGGAUAAAAACGGGUGAUCAAUUCGUAUUAUAUGAAAGUGGAUACGGACAAAUUGUUGGACGACUAAAAGAUAUGAUCAUUAGAGGCGGUGAAAAUAUAUUUCCAAAAGAAAUUGAAGAUUUUCUGAACACGCAUCCAAAAAUUGUUGAUAGCCAGGUAUUCGGUGUUCCAGAUGAGCGUAUGGGUGAGGAAAUAAUGGUUUGCUUGCGUGUAAUAGAAAAUUCAACGAUUACACUUAAUGAAAUUGAAUCUUAUUCAGUUGGGAAAUUGGCAAAAUUUAAAAUACCUAAAUAUCUACGUAUUGUCGAAGAUUAUCCAAGAACUUUGUCUGGAAAAGUACAAAAACACAAAUUGCGAGAAAUGAUUGUAAAGGAAUUUAAUGAAGAAUUACAUUUGAAGUCAUCCGUUGCUAGCGGACUUUAAACGUAUAAAUCAGUAUUUAUAAUUAAAUUAAGUUUUAAUACUCGCACCUGUAUAAAUA